CAUAAAUCAGCGAUCAAAGGUUCUUGCUCAAAAAAAAAAAAAAAAGCGAUCAAAGGUUCCAAAUAUGUGCAAGGCAAGUGCAUGAAAGAAUACUGUUUAUGUAAAGGAAGGACAGGGGAGCUCAGGUGCAGGGCCACAUACGCGGUUUCAGAACAACCAUUACUAUCAAUAGCACAUCCCCACUUUUCCCCUUUCUUUGACCCACUUCUUUAUAAUUGCACCUCUCUUGUGAGCAUCAGAAGAUGACUUCUUCCAUGGACUUACAAGGAGCUUCUUUAUCGCUCUCGUCUUCUUCUUCUUCCAUCUGUUCGUGGACUCACGAUGUAUUCUUGAGUUUUAGAGGUGAGGAUGUUCGCCAAAAAUUUAUUUCUCAUCUAUACCAUGCUUUGCAUCAUAGGGGAAUCAAUACUUGCAUAGACAAGAAUCUUGAAAGAGGAGAAGAGAUUUCGCCGGAAAUUUUCAAAGCUAUUGAAAGAUCAAUGAUUUCUAUCAUUGUACUCUCUAAAAACUAUUCAGAGUCCAGAUGGUGUUUAGAUGAGCUACUAAAGAUCCUUGAGUGUAAGGAAAAUGUAAAACAAAUUGUCCUACCCUUGUUUUACGAUGUAUCUCCAUCAGAAGUACGACAUCAAAAAGGAAAUUUUGGAGAAGCAUUUGCUAAACUUGGAUGUAAGAUCAAGGAUGAAGUAAAGGUUACAAAGUGGAAGGCAGCUUUACAAAAAGUAGCCAAUUUUUUCAGAUUCACAUUAGGGGACAGGAAUGAAUCAGAGUUUAUUGAGGAAAUCAGUAAAUGGGUGGACUCAAUAAUGGUGAAUCGUACAUUUCUUAAUGUUGCAAAGUAUCCAGUUGGAAUAGAGUCACGUGUACGAGACAUUUAUCAGCAUUUAAGUAUAGGAAGGAAUGAUAUUAUAUGCAUGGUAGGGAUAUUUGGAACCGGUGGAAUUGGUAAGACAACUAUUUCAAAAGAGAUCUAUAACAGGAUUUCUUAUCAAUUUGAAGGAAGUUGUUUCUUGAAAAAUAUUAGAGAAACUUCAAAAGCAGGUGGUCUGAUCCAGCUGCAAAAAACACUUCUUUAUGAGAUUUUGGGAAUAAGUUUGGAUUGUCAUGACAUUGACAGAGGCAUCAAUGUGAUUAGGCAUAGACUUUGCUCUAAAAGGGUUCUCCUAAUUCUUGAUGAUGUGAAUGAAUUGGUCCAACUAGAAACAUUAGCUGGAGCUCUUGAUUGGUUUGGUUCAGGAAGUAGAAUCAUCAUAACAACAAGAGAUCAACAUUUAUUAAAUUUCUCUAAAGCUGUUUCAAAAUAUGAGUUGAAGAUUUUGGCUAAAGAUGAAGCUCUUAAGCUCUUUAGCUUGCAUGCUUUUGAGAAAGAUGAACCGCUUGACAAUUAUGUAGAACUCUCUAAACAAGUAUUGCAAUAUGCUCAAGGUCUUCCACUUGCUUUAACAGUGAUAGGUUCAACUCUAAAAGAUCGAAGCAUUCAUCAAUGGAAAAGUGUAUUGAAUAAAUAUAAACAAAUACCCGAUGUAAAUAUUCAAAGUGUACUUCGAGUAAGUUAUGAUGGAUUGGAAGAUAAUGAGAAGGACAUGUUUCUUGAUAUUGCAUGUUUCUUCAAAGGAGAACCUUUGGCUGAUAUCAUUAAAAUAUUUGACAAUUGUGGUUUCUCUUCUGAUUAUGGUAUAUGGAGGCUUGUAGACAAGUGUCUUAUCACUGUUGAUGAGUGGAAUAAAAGUGUUUGGAUGCAUGACUUGCUACAAUAUAUGGGUCGAGAAAUUGUUCGACUACAAUCACCAAAAGAACCUGGCGAACGUAGUAGAUUAUGGUUUCAUGAGGAUGUUCGUCACGUGUUGGAAGAAAGUAUGGGUACAAACAAAAUCGAAGGCAUUAUAGUAGAAAUGCCCAAAGGUGAAGAAAUGAUUAUUUCGAGUCCCGAAGCAUUUGUACAGAUGAAAAGACUUAGAGUGUUUAUCAAUCGUAAUGCAAGUUUUUCAAAUGGACCUAAUUAUCUCUCCAACGAGUUGAGAGUACUUGAUUGGUUUGAAUAUCCGCUACAAUCUUUGCCACCCAAUUUUCAUGGAAAUAAACUCAUUAUCUUUAAAAUGCGUGGUAGCUUCAUCAAGGAGUUAAGCUUCAUCAAGUUCAAGAAUGUGACAACUAUGGGUUUCAAUGAUUGUAAUUUGUUAACCAAAGUCCCGGAUCUUUCAAGCAUGCCAAAUUUGAAGGAAUUGAUUGUUGAAAAGUGUACAAGUUUAGUUGAGGUGCACGAUUCUGUUGGAUCCUUGGAUAAUCUUUUAAAAUUGAGUUUUCGUGAAUGCUCUAACCUCCAAAUAUUUCCAAGAAGACUCAAGUUGAGAUCUUUACGCGACCUUAAUCUUUGUGAUUGCCCAAACCUUCGUGAAUUUCCUGAAAUUGGUUGUGAAAUGAAGUAUUUACAUUCAUUACAUCUACUUCGCACCGCAGUGGAAGAACUACCCAUAUCUAUUAGGAACCUCACUGGACUUGAUGUUUUAUUUAUAAAUGGCUGUAAAAACCUUGUGCGUCCCCCAACUAACAGCAUUCUUGUACUGCAAAAUUUACGCACGCUUGGAAUUGGUGGUCCAACGGUGGAAGACCAGAUUUUAUUGAGGGAAGAAAAACUCCUUGAAUUCGUUGGAAUUGCCGCAUCCGACGAAUUCAAGCAAUGCAUUACAAGUGUUGAAUCUUCCAAAUUGUCCCCAAACAGAAUCGAGUUUCUUUCCAAAAUCAAGUUUAUUUACCAAGUUUAAUUCCUCGGCCACUUUGAACAGGUUAAUUUUAUCGGAAAUUGAGAUGGUUAGCCUUCCCACGUGCAUCGAAGGAUUUGUUGCACUCAGUGAACUCUACUUGCGGGAUUGCGAGAAACUUGAAGAAAUUUUAGAACUUCCACCAAAUAUAAAAAGUGUAGAUGCAACGGGAUGCAUGUCGUUACAAAGAUUUUCCGAAGUAUCAAGAAUAUUGAAAUUCAAUGGAAGCCACAUCAGGUCGCUAAGAAUGAUUCAAUUGGGUGGAUGCGAAAAAAUGCACGAGGAGAUUUGGAAUUAUAUAGUGCCAAAUCCUUUACUGUGGAAGAGACAUUAUAAGGCCACUGCAUUAUUGGAAAAUGAGAUUCCAGAGUGGUUUCGGUAUCAGAAAGAAUUUUUAGAAACUGAAAUUGUCAAGAGUGGGAAUGAUUGUGGUUUCCAACUGAGGAAAAAUGAGGAAUGAGUAAUAAAUAUUGAGGGGCCACACUAUUUGGAAGAUAUAAGUGGGAUUGUAGUAUAUGCCCUUGUGUUUUAUAAAGAAGCUCGGGAAAGUACAGAUUUUAUUUAUGAUGCUGAGAUAACCAGUAACAACUCCAAUCAUGUUUGCCGUAUCGAUUUUAAUGAAGUGGUCAAUUUGAUUAAUAUUGAUGGUACGGGUGGAAGCGGAUAUGAUGUAAAGGUGGGGUACUCCGAUUUAGAAUCAUUUGAGCUAAAGGUUUUGGAUAAUUUGAGAGUUCACCUUCGUCCUGAUCCCGAUGUUUGGGAUCCUUAUCAUUUGUUGGUACCCUUUUAUAGAAGUUGCGGAGUCAAUGUUGUAUACAAGCACGAGAGCAGAGCACAUAAAAGAAGAAAAAUGGAUUGAAUUAUUUUGGGAUUUUCAGUACUCUUGGAAUCCAAUCCGUAGCCUUACACAAAAGAAAAGAGGGAUUCUUAAACUGGGGGCAUCAAACUUCCAAAUUUGGUGGAGAAAACUGGGGGCCUCAAACUUCCAAAUUUGGUGGAGAAAGACUAUCAUGAUCCAAAGAAGGAGAUCCGAAUAUCAUGUAUGGUUGGGGAACACCAAUGUAGCAUCUUUUGGGCUAAAGGUUUUGGACAAUUUGCAAGUUGGAUUUUAUCCCAAUGAUAAUCCAAGGAGGGGUACCAUUUUAAGCCAAUGUGGUAUACAAGCAUGAAAGGAGACCAAGUAAAAAAUAGAAAAAUGGAUGAAUUCGAUCUUCCAUGAAGUCCUCAACAAAUGAACCCAAGUCGCCCCUCUGUCGCUACUAUUUCUUUUGGUUGGAAUAUCUUCAUCUAUCUUCAACUUUGAAUGACCUUGGAAUCCAAUUGGAGUCAGAGCUUGACUUAGAAUCAAACACAACCGAUUAUUUGCGAUGGAUGAAUGACUUAUACGUUUAAAAGAGCUGAAUCUUAAGACCACUCCACUACUGCCAUGUCAUCCAUCUCUCUCUCUUUCUGUCACUCUUCUUUGGUUAUUUAUACAGUUGAACAAUUUGGAGUUAGCCUUCAACCUUGCUAAAAAUGGAGAAUCUUCCUGCUACCAAUUAGCUUGUAAUCUUUUCUCUUCGAUCAUUUACUUAUAACCAUUGGUUUGUUUCUUGGAUUUUGAAUUUAAGUGUUGUGCUGCCCUGAAAAGUUUCUUAUUACAACAAGUAUCUGCUAAAAACGCUCAUCGACACCUAUUUAAUAUCUCAUUUUCAGUCUAGAUAGAUCGAAACACUAAGAAAUUACUUCAGAAUUAUGAGUGAGAUCCAUGAUAUUGAGGCAGUUUGGCAAUAGAGAUGCAUUUUUCUUGGGUUCAUCUCUUCUGAAAUCAACAUUAUUACUCCACAUUAAAAGGCAGCGCUAUUCUCAUGGAUUGAUAUGCAUAAUGCAUAUUUCUUGUAAUUUCUUUGUAUUUUGUGUUGUUUUCUACAUAAAUGCACCUAGACUCCUUUAAACACCCGUAUAGUAUAUAUAUGAAAGACAAUCAGAACAAGGGCUUCUUAUGUCUUUUUGAGAAAGUUCUUUUUCAAUACCUAAACUUGUUUAUAUCUUCCUCAAGCACAAACAUAGCAUGUUUGACAAGCCAACUUUACACCCAUUUACACGAAUUUGAACUAAAGUCCUUCUGCAUAAAACAACUAUGGAUACCGGAUAUCAGUAAGCUCCAUUUGGAUGUUGAGCUGAAUUGAGAUGAGUUAAAUUCUUUAUGAAUAGUAGUGAGUUGAGAUAUUAGAGCGAGUUUUAUGGGGCUCGCCUCAGAUGAGUUUAUAUGUUUAGAUAUUAAAAUGAGUAGAUGUAUUUAUGAGAAGUUAAGAAAGGUUGUGGGUCACACGUGUAAAGAUGUGUUGAGUUGAAAAAAAUUGUAAAUUCCACUUGUAAAGAGAUUUUGAGUUGAGUGAUAUUUAGUGACUUGAGAGUUAUAUAUUUGGAUGUUAGGAUAGGUCGAAAACAGAACCCAAUUGAGAUGAGUUGAGCUCAUUCAAGGAUCCAAAUGAAGUCAAGUUGCGUUUGGGUAGUGAGUUAAUUUCAUAUAUUCUGUGAAUAG